AUGGAAAAGGUUGUACAUAUUUCUAAAAAUGUCUGGAAGUGGAUUAAACUGAAAUUUUUGGCGUUUUGGCAUUUUCUGACUGGUAAACAUAAUGAAGAUUUAUUCAGCCCUGAAGGUUAGUUCAAUUUUAAUAAUUUUCAUUUUCCUAGGAAUACAAAUUCAAGUGAGUUGACUAGAAAAUCAGUUCAGAAUUUAUGAUCUUCAAUUUUUAUAUUUUUCGUAGAACUCACAUUUUUAAAAAAUCAGCGGAAAUGUUCGAUUCUGAAAAUUCUGAAUUUUAGACGUCAUAUUAUUAAUGCGCCAUUAAAUUGUUCAUUUUAUACUAAAGUUUGGAAAGUGAAAUUCUAUGAAUAUUACUUUUAUAAAUAGUAAUAAUACGUUUUUGUAUGAUAAGCUUGAGACUGGUUUGUUUGCACAGUGACGAGCCUCUUCUUAUGCUUUUUCAAUUCAUAAUAAAAAUAUUAUUAUUAUGAUUUUUUUAAAGAAAAAUGAUGGGAAACGAAACAAAACAAAGCGGAUAUGAGAAAAAUUGGAAUUUUUGUGAAUGAGAAAUGGGGAACGAUAGAAAAGUUGUGUUGAAUCAAAUUCAAUUAAAUUAUUUUUAUCAGAAUUAAUUUCAAGUCAAAUAUUGAUUGGGUUUUGACUUUCUGUCAAUAAAAUUAAAUUCAAUUAAAUUUUUCCAAAAUAAAUUUCAAUUAAAUUAUUGAUUGCCACUUAUUUUCCUAAUUUAUCAUAAAACGAGCAAAAAAUUGUCGAAAAAAGAAAUAAACAAAAAGUAUUAUAAAUUCAUGAGAAAAAAGAGCAUUGUCCAUUUUCCCUUUUUUUUCUUCGUGUUAUUACGAAAUAAUGUCGGAAAAAUCCAUUUUUAGACAGUUUUUGAGAAUAAUAUUGCGAAAUAUUUUUUGACUCACUUUUUUUUUUGAAUUAUCAUGAGUCAUGAAAAAAUGCCCUCCGAUUAUUUUUGACAGGAAAAUUGGAAUUGAUAAACAUUUUUCAUAUUUCCAUAAAACCUUUUGAAUUUCAAUUUUUAUUGUUUUCGAAUUUGAAAAUUUUUAUAAAUAAUAAAAAUAAUCCAAAACUUCAUCCAACCAACCAAUAAUAAAUUGUUUCGAGAACAAAAUCUAGUUUUUUUGGUUGUGUCCUCGGUAUUUUCUCUAACAUCUCUUCAAUAUCUUGUACUAUUUCUUUGAUCCAUUUUGUAUCGAUUGCAUCUCUAAAUCUCUUUUAUUUCCUCAUUCUUUUGCCUUUUUCUCCUCACAAUCAAUCUCCAUUUCAUUUUAAAAGCGCAAAAAAUAAGCGAAGAAGGGUCACUUUUUCUUCUUUUUGUGAUAUAUAUAUGUCAGUUUUUGAAAAUAUAUAACUUUGAAACAAAAACUUUUGAAAUCUCAUUUUUUUUUCUUCAGUAAUGGCUUCGAAGAAAGCAAGCGGACAACCGGCUCCAGCACAACAAGUUGUACAUAAGGUUUGUCAUUUUUUAAUUUAGAUUUGAAUUUAAUUAAAAAUUAAUUAAGGUUAUUAUGGUUGGAAGUGGAGGUGUUGGUAAAUCUGCGUUAACUCUUCAAUUCAUGUAUGAUGAGGUUUGUUAAUUUAUUUUUAUGAUAUAAAAUUUGAAAAAAAAAUCAUUUUUCAGUUUGUCGAAGAAUAUGAGCCAACAAAAGCCGAUUCGUAUCGAAAAAAGGUUGUUUUGGAUGGUGAAGAAUGCUCGAUUGAUAUUCUUGAUACUGCUGGUCAAGAAGAUUAUUCUGCGAUUCGGUAAGUUUUUUUUUCGAAGAGCUAGACCCCGAAUUGUCUUUUCUUUCCAGUGAUAAUUAUUAUCGAAGCGGUGAAGGAUUUAUUUGUGUUUUCUCGAUUCUUGACAUGGAAUCAUUCGAAGCAACAAGCGAAUUCCGCGAGCAAAUUCUUCGUGUCAAAAAUUCGGAUAAUUCGGUUCCAAUUGUUUUGGUUGGAAAUAAAGGAGAUAUGAAAGAUGAUCGAGUUGUUCCGAUUGAACUCUGUCGACAAAGAGCCGAACAAUGGGGUGUUCAAUAUGUUGAAACAUCAGCGAAGAGGCGAGAAAAUGUUGAUAAGGUUGGUUUUUUUUCGUAAUAUGCAAAUUUUUUUGAAAAGAAUAGAGGAACCGGUUUUUAGUAUGAUCUCCCGGUUCUUGAUGUUAAUUCAACAAUAUUGAAUGUAGUUUUUAUGGGAAUUUUCAAAAGUAAAACAGAAUUUUUGCAGGUAUUCUAUGAUUUGAUGAGAGAAAUGAAAAGAAGAAAGGGAGGUAACCAAGCUGCGAUUGGAAUUGAUGUAUCUGGGCAUAAUACCGGAAGAAAAAAGCGAUCUGGAUUGAAGAAACACUGCACAAUUCUAUAG